AUGUUUACCCCGGCGGCGAAACGCCGACGUGUCGACGCGGCGAACGAGACGCUACGGAAACCAUUUAGGUCGCCUUUGGUACAGCGGGACCGAGGCCGAGACUCGGGACCAGGCCCGGAGCGGAACGGGGAUGGCUGCACCGCGGACGCUGCGGCGGCGGAUCUUGCGGCUGAAAAACCACCCGGCGGCAGCGUCAUCGCCAUUUGCUGCGACGACGACGACACCACGGCAUGCUACGGAGAAGUUUACGACGCCUGGGAAACGGGGGCUACGGCUGCGGCUACGCGCCGGCCCUUUAGCGUUCCGCGAGCGCGAGGGUCGCAGCUGACGGGUGCGUCGCCUUCGCCGCUGCGGACGACGGCGGCGACAGGUUCUUACGGUGUGAGUGCUAGAAAGACUGGUGCCGGUCCUGGGCUUGGUGGUGGUGGUGGUGGUGGUGGGAGUAAGAACGAGAGGGAAGCGGAGGGCAGGGAAGAGAUUCUACGGCAGGCUGAGCGGAUUCGCGGCGCCGUGGGAGGAGGGGAGACGGACGAGGAGCUUGUCGAGUUGAUUGGCAAGUGGAGGGUUGCGAGCCGGAUUGCGGCGGAGGAGGUGUUUGAGGGGUCUAAAGAGAGGGUUGAGGGGAUGGGGGGGUUGAAGGCUUGGAGGAGGGCGAGGAGGGAGGAUGAGGUGAGGUUUAUGGCGAUGUUGGAGGGGGAGAGGGAAGGAGAUGGUGCUGGGAGGGUUAGGAGAGGUAGUUGUGAGGAGUGGGAGGGGGAUGAUGAAAGUGAUCGUGGUGAUAGGGAAGGAGAUGAGGGUUUUGGUGAGGAAGAGGAAGAAGAGGAAGAGGAGUUCACAAUGGGGACGAUGCUCCGGAGUAUGCAUAUCGAUUUCGAGAUUAUCGGCUACGAUGAGGAGACCGGGUGGUGGAGGGACGCGUGA